AUGCACCUACUUCUUGCGGGGCUCGCGGCCGCCGAGAGCGGCCGCAUUCUCAUCGAGGGCCACGCCCUCGGCUCGGACUCGAUCGUGCACUCCAGCAUCGACGGGCGCUCGACGGAAGCGGCGCGCUUGGCGCCGCCUGGCUUUGAGACGGCUGGGGGCACCUCCCAGCCAGCGUGCGGCGCCAGCCGCAACAUACUGGGCGUCCCGACCGACGUCCAGCGCAAGAUCGACAACCGCGGCAGCCUCGGCGGGCCGCGCAAGACCUGUUCCGCCUUUGACGGCUGCCGCGGCGGCGGCGACUAUGCGGAGAAGAUGGUGAGUGUCGAACUCGCCGGCGCCGGCGCGGCCGGAUCGAGCGCACAUCACGCGCCGAACGCCUCUGCGUCGCUCGGCGAGGACGCGUGCGCGGAGGCGGCCAAGAGGGAGAACUGCGUCAUGAACGAGUGCGCGUGCGCGACCCGCGAGUCUUGGGACGCCUCAGGCACCUGCGGUGCCGACGGCGGCGAGACAUUGGGGCAGUCACGGCCGACAUUCGAGAUCGCGCAGGGCGAGAAGCUGCUCCAGGCCGGCGCGCGCGGCUUCGUGCGCGCCAUCGUCGACAAGAUCAGCACCUUAGUGACGGUGACGCAGCAGGGCCCGCUACGCUCUGAGCGCAUGGCUUGCGCGGACCUGUCGCAGAUGAACGCGGCGGAGGGCGCCGUCCUGACGGCGGCCGUGCUGCCCCUCGCCCACGAGCGUGGCGCGGCGGCGGCCAUGACCGCCAGCGGCCCCAUCGCGGGCGACACGGAUCACGGCCGGUUCGACCUCAGCCAGUGGCUCAGCGGUGGCCGUGCCGGCGGCUGCGGCGGUGGCUAUGGCGCCUCCGGCGGCGGCAGCGGCGGCUCUGGCGGCGGCGGCGCAAGCAGCCGGCAGGCGACGGAGGCGGCGCUCUCGACAGCGCGCCGCACCCAGCGCUCGCUCCAGAGCGCCGGCACGCACGGCGCGAUCAUCGGACGGAAGGGGCGGACGGUGCAGGCCUUUGCGCACCCCUCGAGCGCGUCCGAGCUCAUUGGCGCUGAGACCGCCCCUGCAACGGCCGCUGUCGGGGCGAACCUCGCCGUCGGCGGGACUGAAGACAAGGGCGAAGAGCACGGCCUCGCCGCACAGCUCCACGCGGGCAAGGGGCGCGUCGGCAUUGACGGUGGGAGUGGCUCCUCCCCACCCGGCCUCCUACUGGGCAGUACCUCUAGUCCCGGCGCUGACAGCGAUGUGGUCACCGACCCUUCGUCGGGCGUGACCGCGACUGUCCGCGCGAGCGCCACGGCGCACUCCGCUGGCACGCGGGCGGCGACGGCCCGUGCGGCGUCCGCCGUGCAGGGCAGCAACGCGAGUCGGCUCGCGUCUCCCAAGGCGCUUCCCUCUGGGCUGGUCUCAAGUUGCCGGAUGCGGCUCUCAGAGCCCAUCCUCCCGUGCCGCGCCGACGUCGGCGAGGCGCUGGGCACGUCGUGGGCCGCCGGGCAGCAGCUGCUUCGGCCUACGCAGGGCGAGAAGCUGCACCAGACCGGCGCGCGCGGCUUCGUGCGCGCCAUCGUCGACAAGAUCAGCACCUUAGUGACGGUGACGCAGCAGGGCCGGCUGCGCUCUGAGCGCAUGGCUUGCGCGGACCUGUCGCAGAUGAACGCGGCGGAGGGCGCCGUCCUGACGGCGGCCGUGCUGCCCCUCGCCCACGAGCGUGGCGCGGCGGCGGCCAUGACCGCCAGCGGCCCCAUCGCGGGCGACACGGAUCACGGCCGGGACCUCAGCCAGUGGCUCAGCCGCGGCCGCGCCGGCGGCGGUUGCGGCGGCGGCUAUGGCGGCUCCGGCGGCGGCAGCGGCGGCUCUGGCGGCGGCGGCGCAAGCAGCCGGCAGGCGACGGAGGCGGCGGUCUCGACAGCGCGCCGCACCCAGCGCUCGCUCCAGAGCGCCGGCACGCACGGCGCGAUCAUCGGACGGAAGGGGCGGACGGUGCAGGCCUUUGCGCACCCCUCGAGCGCGUCCGACCUCAUUGGCGCUGAGACCGCACCUUCAACGGCCGCGGUCGAGGCGACACUCGCCGUCGGCGGGGCUGAAGACAACGGCGAAGAGCACGGCCUCGCCGCACAGCUCCACGCGGGCAAGGGGCGCGUCGGCACCGGCGGUGGGAGCGGCUCCUCCCCACCCGGCCUCCUACUGGGCAGUACCUCUAGUCCCGGCGCUGACAGCGACGUGGUCGCCGACCCUUUGUCGGGCGUGACCGCGACUGUCCGCGCGAGCGCCACUGCGCACCCCACUGGCUCGCGGGCGGCGACGCUCCGCGCGGCGUCCGCCGUGCAGGACAGCAACAUGAGUCGGCUCGCGUCUCCCAAGGCGCUUCCCUCUGGGCUGGUCUCAAGUUGCUGGAUGCGGCUCUCUGAGCCCACCCUCGCCUGCCGCGCCGACGUCGGCGAGGCGCUGGGCACGUCGUGGGCCACCGGGCAGCAGCUGCUUCGGCCUACGCAGGGCGAGAAGCUGCUCCAGGCCGGCGCGCGCGGCUUCGUGCGCGCCAUCGUCGACAAGAUCAGCACCUUAGUGACGGUGACGCAGCAGGGCCGGCUGCGCUCUGAGCGCAUGGCUUGCGCGGACCUGUCGCAGGAGAAGGCGGCGGAGGGCGCCGUCCUGACGGCGGCCGUGCUGCCCUUCGCCCACGAGCGCGGCGCGACGGCGGCCGCAACCACCAGCGGCCCCAUCGCAGGCGACACCGAUCACGGCCGGUUCGACCUCAGCCAGUGGCUCAGCGGCGGCCGCGGCGGCGGUCGCGGCGGUGGCUAUGGCGGCUCCGGCGGCGGCAGCGGCGGCUCUGGCGGCGGCGGCGCAAGCAGCCGGCAGGCGACGGAGGCGGCGCUCUCGACAGCGCGCCGCACCCAGCGCUCGCUCCAGAGCGCCGGCACGCACGGCGCGAUCAUCGGACGGAAGGGGCGGACGGUGCAGGCUUUUGCGCACCCCUCGAGCGCGUCCGAGCUCAUUGGCGCUGAGACCGCCCCUUCAACGGCCGCUGUCGAGGCGAACCUCGCCGCCGGCGGGGCAAAAGACGACGGCGAAGAGCACGGCCUCGCCGCACAGAUGCACGCGGGCAAGGGGCGCGUCGGCACCGGCGGUGGGAGUGGCUCCUCCCCACCCGGCCUCCUACUGGGCAGUACCUCUAGUCCCGGCGCUGACAGCGACGUGGUCACCGACCAUUCGUCGGGCGUGACCGCGACUGUCCACGCGAGCGCCACGGCGCACUCCGCUGGCACGCGGGCGGCGACGGCCCGUGCGGUGUCCGCCGUGCAGGGCAGCAACGCGAGUCGGCUCGCGUCUCCCAAGGCGUUUCCCUCUGGGCUGGUCUCAAGUUGCCAGACGCGGCUCUCAGAGCCCACCCUCGCCUGCCGCGCCGACGUCGGCGAGGCGCUGGGCACGUCGUGGGCCACCGGGCAGCAGCUGCUUCGGCCUACGCAGGGCGAGAAGCUGCUCCAGGCCGGCGCGCGCGGCUUCGUGCGCGCCAUCGUCGACAAGAUCAGCACCUUAGUGACGGUGACGCAGCAGGGCCGGCUGCGCUCUGAGCGCAUGGCUUGCGCGGACCUGUCGCAGAUGAACGCGGCGGAGGGCGCCGUCCUGACGGCGGCCGUGCUGCCCCUCGCCCACGAGCGUGGCGCGGCGGCGGCCAUGACCGCCAGCGGCCCCAUCGCGGGCGACACGGAUCACGGCCGGUUCGACCUCAGCCAGUGGCUCAGCGGUGGCCGUGCCGGCGGCUGCGGCGGUGGCUAUGGCGCCUCCGGCGGCGGCAGCGGCGGCUCUGGCGGCGGCGGCGCAAGCAGCCGGCAGGCGACGGAGGCGGCGCUCUCGACAGCGCGCCGCACCCAGCGCUCGCUCCAGAGCGCCGGCACGCACGGCGCGAUCAUCGGACGGAAGGGGCGGACGGUGCAGGCCUUUGCGCACCCCUCGAGCGCGUCCGAGCUCAUUGGCGCUGAGACCGCCCCUGCAACGGCCGCUGUCGGGGCGAACCUCGCCGUCGGCGGGACUGAAGACAAGGGCGAAGAGCACGGCCUCGCCGCACAGCUCCACGCGGGCAAGGGGCGCGUCGGCAUUGACGGUGGGAGUGGCUCCUCCCCACCCGGCCUCCUACUGGGCAGUACCUCUAGUCCCGGCGCUGACAGCGAUGUGGUCACCGACCCUUCGUCGGGCGUGACCGCGACUGUCCGCGCGAGCGCCACGGCGCACUCCGCUGGCACGCGGGGCGGCGACGGCCCUUGCCAGACGCGGCUCUCAGAGCCCAUCCUCCCGUGCCGCACCGACGUCGGCGAGGCGCUGGGCACGUCGUGGGCCACCGGGCAGCAGCUGCUUCGGCCUACGCAGGGCGAGAAGCUGCUCCAGGCCGGCGCGCGCGCCAUCGUCGACAAGAUUAGCACCUUAGUGACGGUGACGCAGCAGGGCCGGCUGCGCUCUGAGCGCAUGGCUUGCGCGGACCUGUCGCAGAUGAACGCGGCGGAGGGCGCCGUCCUGACGGCGGCAGUGCUGCCCUUCGCCCACGAGUGUGGCGCGGCGGCGGCCAUGACCGCCAGCGGCCCCAUCGCGGGCGACACGGAUCACGGCCGGUUCGACCUCAGCCAGUGGCUCAGCCGCGGCCGCGCCGGCGGCGGUUGCGGCGGCGGCUAUGGCGGCUCCGGCGGCGGCAGCGGCGGCUCUGGCGGCGGCGGCGCAAGCAGCCGGCAGGCGACGGAGGCGGCGCUCUCGACAGCGCGCCGCACCCAGCGCUCGCUCCAGAGCGCCGGCACGCACGGCGCGAUCAUCGGACGGAAGGGGCGGACGGCGACACUCGCCGUCGGCGGGGCUGAAGGCAAGGGCAAAGAGCACGGCCUCGCCGCACAGCUCCACGCGAGCAAGGGGCGAGUCGGCACCGGUGGUAGUGGUUCCUCCCCACGCGGCCUCGGGAUGGCCAGUACCUCCAGUCCCGGCGCUGACGUCGACGUGGUCAUCGACCCCGUCAUUGACCCAGAGAAUGCCCCUUCAACGACCGUACUCGAGGCGAAACUCGCCAUCGGCAUGCUUGGGCUCUACUGCGCUCGCCCGGAUCCCGACAGCAUCUCGAU